UACUGCCUGCCCUGCAAGCGCUCAUGCCGCAUUUUGUAACGCUACUCGCUCGACUCGACCAAUCUAGUUGUAUCCAAGACAGCGUACGGCUUAACGCGUUUCGUGGCCGACAGCUCCUUACCUUUUGUGAUCUAAUAUUUACAGUAAAACUAAGUAAAGCCAUGAACACAAUGUUUUGUAAUAGUGAAUGGAUGAGGACAUCGUAGUGUGUAAAAUAGUGAGCCGCUCGUGCGCAGACUCUGGUCAAAGUGGAAUUAAUAACAAUAUCGUUCACGUUCAUAACUGUGAAAUGUAAUGGUUUUAAUUUUCAAUUGACAGAAACCUCAAUUUCUUGUUAACAAAUCCGACUUCCUUGCUUUGUUAUUUGACGAUGGCGAAAGAGCCGUGUUAAAACUUCAAUUGGGUGUGCAUUGCCGGGCUUUGCGCGUUUAGUAACUAAUAGCGCGAAGUGCUGGCUCGUGAGUCAUAGCAAGUUGCGAUGUGAACGAAAUGACGGAGUUGCCAAUGAACGAGCCAGGCAAGUGGCAUCGCGGCGGGUUCUUGUCCAGCCUGAAUAGGAGUUUCAGACUCGCCAGUGGAAAGUCCAGAAGUGUCAAUAGUUCUCCGGUAGAUAACAAAUCUAUCGAACAAACUAUAAAGAUGUCCUCGACGGGGCUAAAUUCCUCCAACGAAGCAUCAACGGCCUUGCGGCCGCUAGAGAUAGUGGCGCCUCGCAUCGACACCUAUCGUUUCUCUAUGGCCAACUUGGAGGAGACCCAAGACGCAGAUCUGGACGCAAUCCUGGGGGAACUCUGUGCGCUCGACUCAGAAUACGAUGAAGAGAUAUCCAGAGUGUCAUCUGGGUUCCCAUCUGGCUCCAAAGAAAGUAGUGGCGGGGAAGGUUCCCAACGACAGGAUUGCGCCAAGGAAUGUGCCGAGAGAGCUGGCAGUAUAGCUCGCACAGAUUCACCGGACAAUGAUUCAGCUUUCAGCGAUACUGUAUCUAUGCUGUCCAGCGAAUCGUCUGCGUCCAGUAAUACUAGUUCCAAGUGCAAAGCCUUGAAAUUGAAUCUCCAUGAUACUCAGAAGGACGCCAGUUUUCAGCAAAAGGCCGACAAGAUAAAGUUGGCCCUGGAACGAAUGCGAGAAGCAAAUGUGAAGAAACUAUUCAUCAAGGCGUUUUCUAUGGAUGGGUCCUCUAAAAGCUUGUUAGUGGACGAGAAGAUGACGUGCGGCUACGUGGCGCGCCUUCUGGCCGACAAAAACCACGUCACCAUGGAGCCCAAGUGGGCCAUUGUGGAACACUUGCCCGAUUUACACAUGGAACGUGUAUACGAAGAUCACGAAAUGCUAGUUGACAAUCUAAUGCUGUGGACUAGGGAGUCCAAAAAUAAAAUUUUGUUCGCUGAGAGACAUGAUAAAAUACAUCUAUUCCAAACACCAGAAAAGUUUUUAUUGACUGAAGAUGAUAGAGGUUGGUCGAGUGAACAUGAUGAACAUUCAAGACAGGUGAUCAUAGAAGAAUUCUUCGGUCAAAGUGGUGGGACUGUGAGCACUGUGCCCUCCAUCUCCGGGCAUCCUGUGCCCCCCAUGGAGGGGCCACUAUAUUUAAAAAGCGAUGCGAAAAAGGGAUGGAAGAAAUACCACUUCGUGCUAAGACCAUCAGGACUGUACUACUCACCGAAGGACAAAGUGAAGACGCUUAAAGAAUUAGUAUGCUUGGCUACCUUCGACACCAACGAGGUUUACCUGGGCCUGAACUGGAAGAAGAAAUACAAAUCUCCGACAGAUUUCUGCUUCGCUAUCAAACAUCCGAGACUUCAACAACCAAAGAGUGUAAAAUUUAUUAAGUUCCUAUGUGCUGAUGAUCAGCGUACCCUCGAGCGAUGGGUAACCGCGAUGAGGAUAGCAAAGCACGGAAGACAGUUAUUGGAAAAUCACCGAUCAUUGAUAGAAGAGCUCACGCAAGAAGACCUAGAUCAUUUGGCACACGCACGAUCAUGUUCUAUAUCGUCAAUCCCGACGAAGACGAAUGGCUCCACCGCGGCCGGGAUCAGCAGCCCGGCGCAGUCUAGCUCCAGCAACGCCAGUGUUGCCAACUCCGACAUUAGCAGCGGAAGGCACUCGCGGGCGUCCUCGUCGAGUUCCAGUGGCUGUCUGUCGGACGGCGGCACCGCUUCAGAAAGUGCUUUCGAUUGUGAAUUUCCCAUGGGAACUAUAAAACGCAAGCCUUCAAUGAAACCAAACAUUCCUUUGACGUGGAUGACGCGUCAGCUAAAAGAGAUGGCAGAGAAAGGAGGAGAGUGUGAGGGAGAGGACGAAGGCGGUGGUGACGGCGGCACACUUACCCGGCGUCCGCGCACCUCGCGGGUCGACGACUCCACGCUCAAACGUCAUCAUAGCAUCGAAACAACUGAAAGUUCCGUUUACAGCGGACCAACCAGUUCUCAUCACAGUUCAUUAAGCAGCCCACUUCGACACGAACCGCCUUCUUACGGUCACUAUGAGAGUAUUCCAAGAGACAAUCUGUACCGAAAUAGUGCUGACAAUAGCUCAGCUUUAUACGGCUAUACUACUAUUUAUGAUAAAGUGCAAAGACCACCGGAAGUUCCGGCUACGGAAGACUUACCUCUGCCGCCACCGCCUACUGAAGAUAUACCCGAUGGUAUGUUCAGUUCUACUUUAAGUUUGGAUUCUCUUCCGCCUCCACCGCCGCCUCUGGAUCCAAUCGAGGAUAUCUCUGGGUCCCAGUUGAGCUUGCCGCCGCCGCCGCCUGAGCACUCGGUGGAGCCCGGCAGUGGACGCGUGCAGGACAUCGUGAGCCAGCUGACCGCGCAGCAGAUGGAACAGGCGGCGCGCGCUGGCCAGGCUCGCACCUUCCCGAGACAGCCGUCCCUAGACAGCGUCAACUCAGACAACUCUCGAACAUCCUCUCUUCAUUCCGAUAAGAGUAUUUAUGGACCACAGAACGUAGCUUACGGCGCCUGUUUGGCAGAAUUACAAAACAAAAAAUUAAGUACUGGCAGUCCCUCUAUUCAAAAGAAAGCUACUGAACCGAUCAAGGAACGAACAGGAUCUAUCAAAAAAGUCAUUUUUGUAGAUGAUAUUCCGUCGUGUUCCGAUACUAAAGGAAAAAAGAAAAUUUCAUUUAAUUUAAAAGAAGUCCCGCCACCUUCUCCUCGCAAGCCGCCACCGCCGAAACGCAAUGAGAGCACGAGGCUGUCUUCACCUAAGAAACUCGCCGACUCCAAUAGCAAUCCACCGAAAGAGUUUUUGAAAGACUUACAAAGGGUUAUGAGGAAAAAGUGGCAAGUAGCGCAAAAAUGUAAAUUAGAACCUGCGACGACCCCUCACGAAGUUCUGGGUUUUCGGGAGUAUCCUCUGUCAGAAGAUUAUAAAGAGACAAGUGUGUCAAUGUGGGUGCAAGAACAUUACGGCGGAGGGGUAGAAGAUCCGUUUUAUGAGAAUAUGUAUGGAAGAGAACCGCAGCCACGGCGAGAAGAGCCCAAGCCGAUUAAGAAGAGGCCGCCGCCUGCGCCGCCGCGCCGCAGCGAGUCCACGCACCUCUCCACUCACCCGCAUCCCUCAGCAGUACACCCUACUGCCUAACCUAGGCACUUCCACAACGUACCAAUGACCAAAAGUGUAAAUAUCCGUUUAGGGCAUCGUUUAUAUGUAUGUAAAUGUCUAUAGUAGUCAUCCGUUUUUUUGUUAUGGCAGCACAUUGAACUGACGGUUUUCUUAUAAAUAUGUACCUAUUCACUAGAUUAUUUUAUACUAGUAUAAGUCGUAAGUAUAGUUUGGGAAGAAGCCUUUUUGAAUGCUCUCUUAAACAGAAGAUGGAAUCACAGGAUAAAACGUUCAGUCACUUUAUUAUAAUUAUUAAUUUAGCUAAUCAGUUUAGACAUUGAAUGUGACCAAUUUUUAUAUUAAAUUAUCAUUAUUAUUGAAGGAAAAUUAAUCAUAAUUUUAUGGUAAUUGGAAAGGCGGUGCUAUUUUGAAAGUGGUAUACUUACUAAGGUAUGUAGUAUGGUCGGAUUUUGUUGUCUACUUGUAAUGAACACGAGAUAUGCCUAUUAAAUAAAUAUUUAAAAAUUAAGGUAGCAUAAUGAAAUGAGCAGAGCUCAGAAUACUUAGCGAUUUUCUAUGUGUAGAAUAUAUAUUUAUAUAAUAAAUUUUAGUGACUUACUUUCAUAAUAACAAGUAGACAAUCAAAAUAUAUUUAUUGUAAAUGCAGAAGUUGGAGUUUUGUCAAUUUUAUAUUAUGUUCCUAGUUGAUUAUUGCGUGUUAUGUAUAUAGUGCGCAGAUAUUUCGCAAAAAGAAAUAAAUAAUUACGUAAACUGAACGACAAAGAUAAGCAUAGUAAAAAUGGAGAUUAUCCUGGAUCUGUGAUGGGAAAUAUCCUUGAUGUGAGCAGGAGCCGUCCAUUAUUCAUGUGUUGUUUUUUCUAACAUUUUUAAACCGUCGUGAUAGGUACGUGGUGAGGUUUAAGACUAACCCCACCCAAAAUCACGUGUAUUUGUAUUACCUACAGAUAUUCUUAAUUUUUUAAAUAUCUUUAGAUAGAAAUAAUAUCACGCCGUUUUUUGGUUUAAAAUUCGCACGUUUGACGUAAAAAUAAAUACACGUGAUAUCUUACUACACCUGGUGAUAUACUUCGUUAUUUUUGCUAAAUCCCCUCCCUCCCCUGCCUUUCAAGCCUCACGUAUUUAAUGGACGACCCCAUACGUACUUAUACACCAUAUUAAUAAUAAUACUUUUUGUAACGCGAAACCAUCAUGUCAAAUUUUCCUUUUAAUAAAAAUUUGGAUUUAUGGUAUUCAUUUGUAUGCUUAUAAUAUGCAGAAAAACAGUUAUUGUGCUUAAAGAAGUUAUAAAAGUAUCCAUAAUAUGAACGGGUGCAAGGAUGCAAUAUUAGACUUGUAAAAAAUAUGACAUUCGUAACAAAAAUAGGACAUACUACUACACGUAAUGUAGUUAAGUAUAGUUUAUAUAUAUGGUCUACAUCUAUAGCCAAGCUUGAAGAAAAUAAAUCUCAUUGAACGCAAACAUGCGUGUAAAAUUGGUGGUACCUACGGGUAGAUAAGUAGUAGAAAAAUAUAUACACGCGAAGAUGUCUGCAUCUUUAGUAGUCGUAGUGAAGCCCAUAGAAGAUAAGAUCUUGACCGUGUCCCAAUAUAUAAGUAGUUUUCUAGUGAGGCUUUCAUAAAAUAGUGAGUUGACAUAUUCCUAAAUAUGUGCCAUAGUCAUGUUGUAAGGAUAAGCCGUUUCGAUCGAACCCAAAAAUAAAAUUUAUUAUUGUACAUAGGUAGAUAUGACUGGAAUUUCAUAAUAUACUUAAGUUAUUUAACUAUAAUUAUAUUUAUCAAUAAGAACACUUCGUUGAUUUAGGACAUAUGUCGGGGUUUCAUAUUAUACUUCUAUGAAUUAAUUUUAUAAACACUUUGUAAGGAAAAAUAUAAAUUUGUAUUUCAAUAAAAAAUGGAAUGUAAGCAGGACUCCAAUGAGUGAUCUCGCUGCAUGUGCUUGCGCAGUACGUUAUGUUAUUGUUUGGGCUGUGAUUUUAUCGUCUGGAUCAUGAUAUGUAUUCGUUUGUACAUGUAUUUUAUACAGGCUUGCUAAAACAAAUAUGUUUAUUCCCAUUAUGCACUAUACUGUUUAUACAAGGAAAAAAUACCUACAUUUAUCUACAAAAUAUUUUCAUAAUUAAAAACUAACAAUAAACUGAUAAUGUCUGGGUAAAGUAUCGAAUGUUCAUAAAUGAGGUUGGAAUUUCCUUAUUAAACCUAAGUUUCGAAUAUAUUCCAUAGUAGGUAAAUAUUUUACAUUGUAUAAUGAAACACAGGUGUUUUUGGUGAAAUAGUAAACAUAGUGUGAAAAAUACUUAUAUCCCUACGGCAGCCUUCAUUUGUCAUAACAACAGCUACAACGAAUUGUAUAAGUACUCAUUGUUGAAUUGUAGAAACUGGAUAGGCUGAUCAGUGGAGACUAGUUUGAAGCGAGUUUGUUAGAUAUCUAACUUGACGAGGCUCUACCUCUCUGCUCUACUUGUCUUGUAGAGUCGUAGUGCACAUCUACGACUCUUUUUUGUAAAUCGUAAUUUUUAUUUAGCAUGGGCCAUUAGUUUAAAUAUUUUUACUUAGUCUAGAAAAAUGAAUAUUAGUUGGACUGUCAUAUUGGUGUCCAUCCACUGCUCAUCGGAUUGCGAAGACUGAAUUAGAUUCAAUCCGAUUUAGACAAUAAAGUUACGUCCAAAACAGCUGCGGUCCACGUUAUUAGCUUGGCAACCCGGCGAAGCCCGCCGAGCCAUCAUUUCUCUGUUGGUCAUUAUUAUAGACUUUUCUAUAAGUAAGUAAAAAGUAUCUUAUCUAAUAUGCUGACCAUUAAUUAUGCUACCUUCAUAAUCCUUUGUCCGCACUUAAUUUGAUAAUAGAAAAGACCGUCCACUCGGUCUUUUCUAUUAUCAUAUAUUCAUAUUAAAAAAAUAAAUGAUUUAACGACACUUAUUAAACUUAAUUUUAAAGUUAAAAUAAGUUAGGGUUAGUGAGCUAUACCUUGAUUUUGAAUGAAGAUUACUACAUUACAUCACGAGGAUGUUAUCAUGUUUCAAAGGCAAUCUUGUUAGAUUGUAGGAUUGUUUUAAUAUAAAAAUCCUCUAUUGAACAGACAUUGUAUUCUACUCGUGUGUUGAAGAAAAACGACAACCCGGUGAUUGAAGACCAAAUAUAACGCGAUUUUUUAGGUUGUUAAAGAAAUGUUAAAUGGUUGUUAAAAAAGGCUUAAAUUUUGUUUUCACACACAAAAUUUAAACUUAUAAAUAAAAGUUAAUUUGCUGGGUUACUAAUGACACUAGAAGCUACAGUAAAGGUAACACGUUGAAACUUGAUAACAAUGGGUUUGAAUAAAUUCGUGUCAUAGUUAUUCAUUAUACGAUAUAGGUACUUGUGACCUAUAGGAAGUGCGUCUAUAAUAUAUCAGCGUUGUUCAGCUAAUUAAGUACUUAGUCAUAAUUUCAGCUGAGACAAAAACAGCUUUUUUCAAAAACUUGAGAGAUUUAAAAGAAAAUAUGUAAGUACCUACCUACAACUGUUGCUGCAAUCCAUCAUUAGCUGCUUCAAAUGGCUUUGAAGGUUAGAUGCUUCGUAUCUAUUUCGAUACACAAGCCCAAAUAUUUAUUCUUAAAAUCCAAACAAAUUUUACAGUUAUUUAUAUACAGCAUUUAUUAGUAUUCAUAAAUUAUGUUUAAAAUGUACAGACCAAAUUGAUUAUGAUAUUAAUUCUUUGUAUAUUUUUCCAAAUAUAACGAAAUUCCAAAUA